GUCCGCCGCCGCGGUUCAAAACCUGUCGGUCUGCAUUCCAGUGUCGCCGCCGGUGAACGCCAAGCAGCAGCCGCCAGGAGCGGUAAGCGUGGUCUCCGUCUCGUCGUCAAGCGCGUCCCGUUCCGUUUUGCCGACGCGUUUUCGAUCGCUCGUUCGCUGCCUCGGCGUCACCACGUCCGUUGAAUACACGCCAACUGCGCGAACAUGAAGUACGGAAGUAAACGAGGGUGAACCGGGUCGUCGCGCACGCGGAGGAAGCGGGGAAGCAACGUCCCGUGAAAGAGGAGUACUCCACAAAGGAGCACGCGGGCCUGCACCGGCCACGUCUCUGUAGUCGAAUCUGUGGUGUGUGUCCAUCCCGAAUUACAUCUCGUGAGUCGACGAGCGACGCGCGGGGCGCGAGGAUAUCCUCUCUUUCGGCGUCGACUUCGGUUGGCGUGCGGCCGGAUUGAGAAAAAGGAAUGUGUCAAGAUGACAUCUAUCUCCUCUUUAUGUGGUAUCAUCGUUAUCCUGCUUUACAGUCCGAUCGCAUAUACAUGCGAGAACGACAAGAUUCCUGAGAUGAAUAUGUCCUUUACUCGACACCCUCAACCUCUAGCAGUUCCGUUAUCUGACGACGUAAAUUUUGAGUGUAGUCUCAAUAUCCCCGCGGAGCGUUUCGCUUGGCAUCACAGGCCCCUGGGUUCAAACAAAUGGACACUAUCGUCUGAUACCUACAGCAAUACCGGUGGCAAAACGUCUCGGCUCAUUGUCUCCUUUGAUAACGUGUCGAAGGCCGGAGAUUACCGUUGCAUUGCGUUCUUCGGUAGCAGUGGAUUAGUGUCGGAUCCAGCGAGACUAACGCUCGCGACGAUACAAGAGUUCUCCGACAAAAAUGAUGUCUACAUCGAGGUGACAGAGGGUAAUACCGUGCCUAUUACAUGUCCUGUACCAUAUUCCGAACCGGAAGCCAUAGUACAGUUUUACAAAAAUGACAUGCUCAUCAAGGACGCGAAUCUAGUGAAUGGCAAAACCAUGGUCAUCAAGGAUGUCAGAUUGGCGGAUAGUGGAUCAUACUACUGUAGCGUUAACAAUUACAUAACGACGGUAACAUUGACAAGCAAUCAUAAGACCAUCUUGACGGUACACGCGAACUUGACUUUCCAACCGCCGUAUCUUACCAAGCUACCGCAAACGGAAUAUAUAGUUACGCGUGGUAAGAACGUUACACUGGAAUGUUUCGGCGCUGGUUACCCUGUGCCUCACGUCACCUGGAGUCGCCUAGGCGGUUCUUUACCAUCGAAGUCCGUGAAAUCGUCCAUCGGUUUGACGUUGGUCCAUGUUCAACCUUCCGAUCGCGGGGAAUAUGAUUGUGUAUGGAGCUACGAUGUCCGACAGAUAAAAUCGGCGAUCAUUUUAAGAGUGGUGGAACCACCGAGGGUCACGAGACAGCCAAGCGCGUGCAAAUUCCAUGAAGGCGGAAAAUUGCAGCUCUCGUGUAACGUAACAGGCGAGCCGCAACCAAUCGUCGAAUGGCUUAUCAACGGAGAAUCCUUGAUGCCUAGUAAGACACAAGAGAUGAUAGCCUCCACUCUUCUUAUAUCUGAGGUCGAAAAGAAGCACGCCGGGAUCGUUCAAUGCGUCGCCAGCAACGACUAUGGAUCGCAUUCGGGAUACAACCUGUUGCAGGUUCAACCGAAAGAGCAUAUUGUCGGCGGCAAGGCCGAAUCGAAGCCGAACUACGGGACCGUGUCAAGGCAUAAGCAUACCAGGGGCGGUGGUAGACGUAACAAAAAUAAAGAAGCAAAGAAAAAGGGAGACGGAGCAGAAAUCGAGUUGAAUCCUCCCGAUGUGCCCAUCAUCACGAGAUUGUCUGAUAUCUCCGUUAUGGUGCGAUGGACAGUACCGAAGAAUACAGGCCUGCCAAUACAAUUUUUCAAAGUUCAGUAUCGAGAGAUAGGCUCGAAGAUGAGUGGUAAACAGACGAAGUGGAUGACUGCCAACUCUGAGAUACCGAAUCAUGUGCGGUCCUUCGAAGUGACCGACUUGCAAACUGAACAUACCUAUCGAUUUAGAAUCGCUGCGGUGUAUUCAAAUAACGACAACAAAUUGAGUAAGAAUUCCGUACGUUUUCAUCUCCAUAGGGAUACCGGUAUUGAGAGCACUAAAAUGCCAAUACCUCUAUUGACUAGAAUUGAAGCGUUAGGGCCACAUGAGAUGUUGUUGCUUUGGCAGAAUCCCAACAGAUCAGCAAAAAUCGACGGGUUUUAUAUAUAUCAUCGGGCUUCCACCUCAGCCGGUGAAUAUUUGAAAACCACUGUCGAGGGAAAGGAUGCUUCCAACAUGACCAUUUCUCACUUAUUACCCGAUACUCCAUAUGAAUUUAAAAUUCAAAGCUUCUCUGUAGAUGCGGCAUCGGAAUUUUCUCAAAUAUUGCGACAUAAAACUCAAAAGCUCGUUGUUGAACAUCCAGUUCAGCAAGUCGUGGCGGAAAAUAAAUUGAGACCGAGCGAGAAUAACAAGAAUGUCAGUAUACACGCCAUAAUCGGUGGAGUAUUUGGAGCAUCGGUCAUUCUGGUCGCUCUCGCCUUCGCAGCGAGAUUCCUAUACAAAAGAGCCAAGUAUAAGCAAAGUCAGGAAUCGCAAAGUGAAGGUAAACCAAUAACAAAUGGACGAGUAAUGAACGGUGGAGUCACAGACUCCAAGAUUAAUAUUACCUCCAAUCCGCUUGCCGGCCUCGACACAUCCGAAGAUAUAAUGCAGCCUAAGAGCGGACAACAGUCGUCGAUGGAAAUGACGUCGUUUCUAAACGGCCAAAACAACAAUGGCAGCAACAACGGCCAUAACAACGGCGACGCAGCUGGGUCUGACGUGAACGUCACGUCACAUAGCGAGCCGUCGUCUCUACGCCAAGGGCCGCUACCUAUCGAACAACGUUUGUGAGAAUGAUUGCAGCUAUAUCUCUGUUUUAUAGACGGUAAGAAUGCGACCCGACCUGACCCGCAUCCUCGAAGACGGACGUUUACACCGUUGAUCGAACCCACGAACAUAUUAAUGAAUUUUAUUUCGCGGGAAGAAACGUAAGGGUUUGUCGAUACGUUAUCUCAUUGAAAAAUAUAACUUAUAGACUGUAUUAACGUUCAAUUAUUAUCGCAACGAUGAGACUGUUGCAAGACAUUUACAGGGUGUCUUAAGUAGAUAUGCUCAAAUGUAUUCGCUACUGUAGAUUGGGAUUUAUUUCACGCAACUUGCAUGGGAAAAGAUCUGCGAUGUCGUAGUUUUCUCGGCAAGUGUGAUGUAUUUUUUAUAUUCAGUAUAACUCAAUGUAACGAUUAUCGAGUAUAGUAUUAUAUAUAAACAGAUACUUUUUUUCAAGUCUUCUGUUUAUCGAUAUGAAGAUAGUAUUUCAGACGAGAAAUAGUCCCAUUUUAUAGUGCAUCAUUAGAAAGUAAAAAUGAUCUAUCUGCAUCCUAUGACAUAUUCUUUAUCUUUCUCUUUCUUUUUAUAAGAAUUUUAUUGAUAUCCUUGUCCGUUAAGUAGAUGUGAAAUUAAAUUAAUGUACCUGCGAAGUAACUGACUUAACUGUUACACAUCUACUUAACAGUCGUGAACUAGUGAGCAUUGACUAAUAUUGUUAAUUUUUUUAUCCCUUUUUCGUGGUUUCUAUCCCUUUACACACUUUCACGAAGCGAAUUAUAUUUUUAAAAAAUUUUGUACUAAAAGUUUAUAUAU